AAAAUUUACUACUGCACUAAAUAAUACUUAUUAUUAAUAGCUGGUACUUUGUGAAGAACAGUUGAAGUGAAUUAUGGCAGUCAGGCCUAAGUUGCUGACUUUGGACUGUACCAACACCCUCUUUAAACUAAAGAGAAGCCCUGGUACCAUCUACGCUGCUGUCGCUGACUCCCACGGCAUCCAAGUUGACUCUGCUAAACUGGACUGUACCUUCCUGAAGAACUACAAGGAGCAGAGUCAGAGCUACUGUAACUUUGGCUGUAUGAGUGGCAUGUCCACCAAGGUGUGGUGGACUGAACUUGUCAAAAAGACACUCUUGGAUGCCGGAGUCCCCAAAUCCCCGGCCCUAGACGCUGUGGCCAAGCAGCUAUUUGACGAGUUCAGUGGAGGUAAGCAUUGGGAAGUCUAUCCUCAGACCAAGGAAGCCCUGGAAGCCAUUCGUGACAAGGGUGUGAAGCUGGGUGUAAUCUCAAACUUUGACGAACGACUACAGGAGGUUUUGGCAGAACUGGACCUGUGUCGCCUCUUUGACUUUGUCUUGACAUCAGUGGAUGCUCAGGUAGCAAAACCAAACUGUCGGAUUUUUCAGUUAGCCUUACAGUUGGCCGGUACAGCGCCAUCUGAAACAGUCCACCUCGGUGACAACCUGGAGCUGGACGUCAGACCAGCACUGUGCAUGGGCAUGCACGCCAUCUGGAUCAACCGCGAUAGUGUAGAAGUUCCACCAGAACUGCUGGAAUAUGAGGACUUUCACAUGGUGUCCAACAUAGAGGAAGUGGUUAAAUGCAUUAAGAAAAGGCGGGAAAAGCAGAAGCUGAGUGGUUAAAAACAAUAACUCAAAAUUCACUAUUGUUCAUGAAUAUACUCCCAUGUUUAUGAAAUGAUAGUGUUGGAUCCCAAACACAAUGUACACGUAAAAAUCAGGUGAAUCAACAGGUCCAAUCAACCCUUUUUAAAUGCACCCCAAACAGCUAAAUGUGUUAAAAUCCUUUCAUUCUGGCAGUAAAUAUUGGUUACAAAGUGCAAGACAAAAGAGACAGCUUAUAAUCUUGCAUGUACGUGUUUAUGAACACAGGGUAGUAGUAAACAGUUAAGAUGAUAAUAGUUAAUUAAGCCUUUACUGAUAUUCCAGGGGGAUGUAGGGAAAGUGUGAAAUGGAGCAAAUACACUGUGUUGUAUUUUAAGGGGUAUAAUUUAGCGCCUGCUUCUUUAUUCUAGUCCUUCAUCAGAACGUAAAUUUACUGCUCACACCUUUACUUACUACUUCCUUUUCAUUGUAUUUUGUGCUAUUUGCAAUCUACUUUGCUUUUUGCUUCAUAUUUAUGUUCCAUUUUGCACUUCCUGUACACCAGUGUCAAGGUGCCAUUAUUUACCUCUAAUGCCGUCAUGUGUACCCUUUGUGAAAUGAGACUCACAUGUGAGGCAUGCACAUGUAUACUUGUACAACUGAAGUGAGCAAUGGAAAUUUGAUCAAGGAGUUACUAGUAAGUACAUGUGUGGGAUCUGAGUGACAAACUUAAAGUAUUAACCUUUGGGGGAAAAUGACAGUAAGGUGUUUGAUAGACCAGUCUUCUGGCAUCAUGUAGGUUAUGGUAUGUGUAAGAAUAUGGUGCUUAGUAUGUAGGUCUACAAUGAAAUAUCUACAUUGUAGUGUAUAGGGUAAAAGUGCAAGAGCUGCCAAGAAAUGCAAGACUGUCACGUAACAAGUAUUAGACUAAUGUGGGCACUCCAGGAUGUGUUAUUAGCUACCUUACUAAAUAUGGUUGAAGGUGAAAGUGCUGAAAUUGAUAAAAAUGAUGUUUUGUGUAUGAGCCUGGAUAGAGCACAGAAAGAGCAGGAAGAGUGUUAAGUUUGGUAUCGGGAGUCAAUAUCAUAUAUGUUUCAGUUGUGUAUGCAUUAUCAUACCAUGUUAUGACUACUUACAUGUACUACAUUUUGACGGCCAGUUACAUUUUAUAACCUACAUAAUAUCAGCCGUAUAUUUGUAUGUUGGACCACUGCUGCUGUUCAUGUCUGUGCCAAUCAUGUCAAGAAAGAUGACAAACCAUACUUUCCAAGGUUGGUCUUCUAAAUAAUGACAGCACCAUUCACACUAUAGUAUACAGCCUGGCAGUUUUAAUAAGCAACCACUGUCCAGAAUCUCAAGUACUGGCACUUAAUUUGUAACAUCGUUAUGUUUCCUUGAGGAAACAGAUAUUAGUAAUUCAGGAAGCUACAUGUAUUAACUGUUACAGUGCUGGGAUGAUGAUAUAUGCACAGUCUAUAGAUAUCAUUUCAAUCCUAGCUUAUUGCCUUUAUGCGUUGUAGCAUUAUAAGUGGAGACUGUUCUGCUUUCACUUAUACAACAACAACAUGUAUAUGUGAAAUUAUCAUAUCAAGAUGUUGAUUGAAAUAAAGGUUGAGGUUUGAAA